AUGACGACGAAGAUAACACCAACCAAUAAUAUAUUCAUCGAUAUAGUAAAUAUAUCAAGCGCAAUAGAAUUUUCAUUAUUCAAUAAUAUAUCGGAUAAAUAUAUUUAUAUAACGCCUGGAACAAAUGAAAUAAUAAAUAAUAAAACGAAUAAUACGACUUCAUCAACGAUGCAAACAACCAGCAUACAGUCGAAUAAUACAACAGAUAAAUCAACAAAAACAACAAACGAUAUAAAAUAUACAGUUGGUAUUAAUGAAUUAACAAACAACAACAUUACAACAAACACAAUCACAAACAACCCCACAACAACAUCCAUCACACCAGCAUCACAAUCUGCACCAAUCAAUUCAAGCACAACUCAAACGCAAACUCAAACUCAAAUACCAACAAACAUCACAACUACAACUGGUCCAACUGCAUCUAAUCAAACUACUCCAUCCACCGCAUCAACAACCACUAAUCCAAACAUAACCACCAUCACUCAACCAACAACACCCUACACAUCUAUCAACACGUCCACAACAACAUCGACCAGCAUCACUACUCCACCACUCACACUCAACGCAACCACUCUCACAACAACCCUCAACACCGCAACCGCAAACGCAAACGCAACCGCAACCGAAACCGCACCCACAACCACAAACAACACUCCUCUCACAAUCACACUCAACGCUACAACAACAUCCAUCACACCAGCAUCACAAUCUGCACCAAUCAAUUCAAGCACAACUCAAACUCAUACUACAACAAACAUCACAACUACAACUGGUCCAACUGCAUCUAAUCAAACUACUCCAUCCACCGCAUCAACAACCACUAAUCCAAACAUAACCACCAUCACUCAACCAACAACACCCUACACAUCUAUCAACACGUCCACAACAACAUCGACCAGCAUCACUACUCCACCACUCACACUCAACGCAACCACUCUCACAACAACACUCAACACCGCAACCGCAAACGCAUCCGCAACUGCAACAGCACCCACAACCACAAACACCACUCCUCUCACAAUCACACUCAACGCCACAACAACAUCCAUCACACCAGCAUCACAAUCUGCACCAAUCAAUUCAAGCACAACUCAAACGCAAACUCAAACUCAAACUCAAAUACCAACAAACAUCACAACUACAACUGGUCCAACUGCAUCUAAUCAAACUACUCCAUCCACCGCAUCAACAACCACUAAUCCAAACAUAACCACCAUCACUCAACCAACAACACCCUACACUUCUAUCAACACGUCCACAACAACAUCGACCAGCAUCACUACUCCACCACUCACACUCAACGCAACCACUCUCACAACAACCCUCAACACCGCAACCGCAAACGCAAACGCAACUGCAACAGCACCCACAACCACAAACACCACUCCUCUCACAAUCACACUCAACGCCACAACAACAUCCAUCACACCAGCAUCACAAUCUGCACCAAUCAAUUCAAGCACAACUCAAACGCAAAUACAAACUCAAACUCAAAUACCAACAAACAUCACAACUACAACUGGUCCAACUGCAUCUAAUCAAACUACUCCAUCCACCGCAUCAACCACCACUAAUCCAAACAUAACCACCAUCUCUCAACCAACAACACCCUACACUUCUAUCAACACGUCCACAACAACAUCGACCAGCAUCACUACUCCACCACUCACACUCAACGCAACCACUCUCACAACAACCCUCAACACCGCAACCGCAAACGCAAACGCAACUGCAACAGCACCCACAACCACAAACACCACUCCUCUCACAAUCACACUCAACGCCACAACAACAUCCAUCACACCAGCAUCACAAUCUGCACCAAUCAAUUCAAGCACAACUCAAACGCAAACUCAAACUCAAAUACCAACAAACAUCACAACUACAACUGGUCCAACUGCAUCUAAUCAAACUACUCCAUCCACCGCAUCAACAACCACUAAUACAAACAUAACCACCAUCACUCAACCAACAACACCCUACACUUCUAUCAACACGUCCACAACAACAUCGACCAGCAUCACUACUCCACCACUCACACUCAACGCAACCACUCUCACAACAACACUCAACACCGCAACCGCAAACGCAUCCGCAACUGCAACAGCACCCACAACCACAAACACCACUCCUCUCACAAUCACACUCAACGCCACAACAACAUCCAUCACACCAGCAUCACAAUCUGCACCAAUCAAUUCAAGCACAACUCAAACGCAAACUCAAACUCAAAUACCAACAAACAUCACAACUACAACUGGUCCAACUGCAUCUAAUCAAACUACUCCAUCCACCGCAUCAACAACCACUAAUACAAACAUAACCACCAUCACUCAACCAACAACACCCUACACUUCUAUCAACACGUCCACAACAACAUCGACCAGCAUCACUACUCCACCACUCACACUCAACGCAACCACUCUCACAACAACCCUCAACACCGCAACCGCAAACGCAAACGCAACUGCAACAGCACCCACAACCACAAACACCACUCCUCUCACAAUCACACUCAACGCCACAACAACAUCCAUCACACCAGCAUCACAAUCUGCACCAAUCAAUUCAAGCACAACUCAAACGCAAACUCAAACUCAAAUACCAACAAACAUCACAACUACAACUGGUCCAACUGCAUCUAAUCAAACUACUCCAUCCACCGCAUCAACCACCACUAAUCCAAACAUAACCACCAUCACUCAACCAACAACACCCUACACUUCUAUUAACACGUCCACAACAACAUCGACCAGCAUCACUACUCCACCACUCACACUCAACGCAACCACUCUCACAACAACACUCAACACCGCAACCGCAAACGCAUCCGCAACUACAACAGCACCCACAACCACAAACACCACUCCUCUCACAAUCACACUCAACGCCACAACAACAUCCAUCACACCAGCAUCACAAUCUGCACCAAUCAAUUCAAGCACAACUCAAACGCAAACUCAAACUCAAACUCAAAUACCAACAAACAUCACAACUACAACUGGUCCAACUGCAUCUAAUCAAACUACUCCAUCCACCGCAUCAACAACCACUAAUCAAAACAUAACCACCAUCACUCAACCAACAACACCCUACACUUCUAUCAACACGUCCACAACAACAUCGACCAGCAUCACUACUCCACCACUCACACUCAACGCAACCACUCUCACAACAACACUCAACACCGCAACCGCAAACGCAAACGCAACUGCAACAGCACCCACAACCACAAACACCACUCCUCUCACAAUCACACUCAACGCCACAACAACAUCCAUCACACCAGCAUCACAAUCUGCACCAAUCAAUUCAAGCACAACUCAAACGCAAACUCAAACUCAAAUACCAACAAACAUCACAACUACAACUGGUCCAACUGCAUCUAAUCAAACUACUCCAUCCACCGCAUCAACCACCACUAAUCCAAACAUAACCACCAUCACUCAACCAACAACACCCUACACAUCUAUCAACACGUCCACAACAACAUCGACCAGCAUCACUACUCCACCACUCACACUCAACGCAACCACUCUCACAACAACACUCAACACCGCAACCGCAAACGCAUCCGCAACUGCAACAGCACCCACAACCACAAACACCACUCCUCUCACAAUCACACUCAACGCCACAACAACAUCCAUCACACCAGCAUCACAAUCUGCACCAAUCAAUUCAAGCACAACUCAAACGCAAACUCAAACUCAAACUCAAAUAACAACAAACAUCACAACUACAACUGGUCCAACUGCAUCUAAUCAAACUACUCCAUCCACCGCAUCAACCACCACUAAUCCAAACAUAACCACCAUCACUCAACCAACAACACCCUACACUUCUAUCAACACGUCCACAACAACAUCGACCAGCAUCACUACUCCACCACUCACACUCAACGCAACCACUCUCACAACAACACUCAACACCGCAACCGCAAACGCAUCCGCAACUGCAACAGCACCCACAACCACAAACACCACUCCUCUCACAAUCACACUCAACGCCACAACAACAUCCAUCACACCAGCAUCACAAUCUGCACCAAUCAAUUCAAGCACAACUCAAACGCAAACUCAAACUCAAAUACCAACAAACAUCACAACUACAACUGGUCCAACUGCAUCUAAUCAAACUACUCCAUCCACCGCAUCAACAACCACUAAUCCAAACAUAACCACCAACACUCAACCAACAACACCCUACACUUCUAUCAACACGUCCACAACAACAUCGACCAGCAUCACUACUCCACCACUCACACUCAACGCAACCACUCUCACAACAACACUCAACACCGCAACCGCAAACGCUAACGCAACCGCAACCACAACCACAACCACAACCACAAACACCACUCCUCUCACAAUCACACUCAACGCCACAACAACUUCCAUCACACCAGCAUCACAAUCUGCACCAAUCAAUUCAAGCACAACUCAAACGCAAACUCAAACUCAAACUCAAAUACCAACAAACAUCACAACUACAACUGGUCCAACUGCAUCUAAUCAAACUACUCCAUCCACCGCAUCAACAACCACUAAUCAAAACAUAACCACCAUCACUCAACCAACAACACCCUACACUUCUAUCAACACGUCCACAACAACAUCGACCAGCAUCACUACUCCACCACUCACACUCAACGCAACCACUCUCACAACAACACUCAACACCGCAACCGCAAACGCAUCCGCAACUGCAACAGCACCCACAACCACAAACACCACUCCUCUCACAAUCACACUCAACGCCACAACAACAUCCAUCACACCAGCAUCACAAUCUGCACCAAUCAAUUCAAGCACAACUCAAACGCAAACUCAAACUCAAAUACCAACAAACAUCACAACUACAACUGGUCCAACUGCAUCUAAUCAAACUACUCCAUCCACCGCAUCAACAACCACUAAUCAAAACAUAACCACCAUCACUCAACCAACAACACCCUACACUUCUAUCAACACGUCCACAACAACAUCGACCAGCAUCACUACUCCACCACUCACACUCAACGCAACCACUCUCACAACAACCCUCAACACCGCAACCGCAAACGCAAACGCAACUGCAACAGCACCCACAACCACAAACACCACUCCUCUCACAAUCACACUCAACGCCACAACAACAUCCAUCACACCAGCAUCACAAUCUGCACCAAUCAAUUCAAGCACAACUCAAACGCAAACUCAAACUCAAACUCAAAUACCAACAAACAUCACAACUACAACUGGUCCAACUGCAUCUAAUCAAACUACUCCAUCCACCGCAUCAACAACCACUAAUCCAAACAUAACCACCAUCACUCAACCAACAACACCCUACACAUCUAUCAACACGUCCACAACAACAUCGACCAGCAUCACUACUCCACCACUCACACUCAACGCAACCACUCUCACAACAACACUCAACACCGCAACCGCAAACGCAUCCGCAACUGCAACAGCACCCACAACCACAAACACCACUCCUCUCACAAUCACACUCAACGCCACAACAACAUCCAUCACACCAGCAUCACAAUCUGCACCAAUCAAUUCAAGCACAACUCAAACGCAAACUCAAACUCAAAUACCAACAAACAUCACAACUACAACUGGUCCAACUGCAUCUAAUCAAACUACUCCAUCCACCGCAUCAACAACCACUAAUCCAAACAUAACCACCAUCACUCAACCAACAACACCCUACACUUCUAUCAACACGUCCACAACAACAUCGACCAGCAUCACUACUCCACCACUCACACUCAACGCAACCACUCUCACAACAACCCUCAACACCGCAACCGCAAACGCAUCCGCAACUGCAACAGCACCCACAACCACAAACACCACUCCUCUCACAAUCACACUCAACGCCACAACAACAUCCAUCACACCAGCAUCACAAUCUGCACCAAUCAAUUCAAGCACAACUCAAACGCAAACUCAAACUCAAACUCAAAUACCAACAAACAUCACAACUACAACUGGUCCAACUGCAUCUAAUCAAACUACUCCAUCCACCGCAUCAACAACCACUAAUCAAAACAUAACCACCAUCACUCAACCAACAACACCCUACACUUCUAUCAACACGUCCACAACAACAUCGACCAGCAUCACUACUCCACCACUCACACUCAACGCAACCACUCUCACAACAACACUCAACACCGCAACCGCAAACGCAUCCGCAACUGCAACAGCACCCACAACCACAAACACCACUCCUCUCACAAUCACACUCAACGCCACAACAACAUCCAUCACACCAGCAUCACAAUCUGCACCAAUCAAUUCAAGCACAACUCAAACGCAAACUCAAACUCACCUCAUAAAUACAACUGGCUCUACUCUCUCUACAUCUGUUCUCGUUAUUUCAUCGUUUUCUGUUACCAGUAAUUCUUCGGGGGAAAAUAUACCUACUACUCCUUCUCCUCCUACUAAUAUUACUACUACUCAGUCAACGACAAAAUCAACAACAAUAACGGCACAACCUCAGGUAGACGUAUUAUCGACGACGACAACAACAGUAACAAAAUCGUCUAACACAACAAUACCAACCUAUGAUGGAGUUCCUACAUACAGUUUUGUUGAAUUUUCUCUGGCAACGAGACCGUCAACUGCAAUCGCACCGGUUAUGCUACCACUCGUUUCUACUAAAUUCAAUGUUAAAUCAAAUUUAUAUAAUCAAGUUAAUGAUACACCAGUUGAAUGGAUUGAAGAAUAUUCCAAUACAGAUUCACCUGGUUAUGCUAAUUUAAAAUCAAAAUAUUGUGAUUUAUUAACAUACUACUUAAAACAAGGUGAUAGUAAUGCAGCAGAUGGUGCAAGUUGUGAAAAAGUGACUUUUACACCAGUAACUAGUACUAGACCAGAUGGUACAGUGAUACGAAGUGUACAAGGUGAUACAAUGAUUAAUGUACCGACAACAACAGGAACACAAUUAACGAGUAGUCAACUUUAUGGAUUAUUUAUAAAUGGAUAUAAUAAAACUAGUACAUCACCAUCAUCUAUUAAACUAAAUGCAUUAGAUGUUCAACGCACUUCAGGUACAGUUACAUGUUCACAAUUUACUAAUCCAUGUGGAGAACAUGCUACAUGCCGUGAUUCACCCCCAGGUAUUACUUGCUUUUGUAAUUCUAUGUGGAAAGAUAUGAAUCCAAAUGAUCCUGGAAAACAAUGUGCUUUACAUCCAGCUGCAAUUGCAUUAAUUGUUUUAGCAUCAUUACUAUUAUUGGCUGCAUUGAUCUUAUUACUUAUUUGUUUAUUACGUAGACGUCGACGAAGGAAUAGUUCCAUUUUAGCAUCAACUGAUUUAGCAACAUUGAAUAAAUUAAAAGAAACUAAAUCAUGGAGAUCAAAGUUAGAUAAAAAUAAAAUUCAACUUGAUCCAGAUCAGUCCAUUUCAAUGGCUCGUGCUUCAGUGACAGAUAGCCCAAUAGCAUUAACAUCUAUUCCAGCGUCGCCAGUUCCACUAACAGGUUUACCAAUGCCACUUACUCCAACAGCGAGUAACAUGAUUGACGGUCUUCCACAAAGAGUUGGAAGUGCAUUGCCUCUUACAGGAUCUGCACUCCCCUUGUCUGCGCUCAGAGGUAGUAUGCCGAUUAACGGCGGUCAACAAAUUCCAGCAUCUGCAUUGCCUCUUACAGGAUCUGCACUCCCCUUGUCUGCGCUCAGAGGUAGUAUGCCGAUUAACGGCGGUCAACAAAUUCCAGCAUCGCCAGUUCCACUAACAGGUUUACCAAUGCCACUUACUCCAACAGCGAGUAACAUGAUUGACGGUCUUCCACAAAGAGUUGGAAGUGCAUUGCCUCUUACAGGAUCUGCACUCCCCUUGUCUGCGCUCAGAGGUAGUAUGCCGAUUAACGGCGGUCAACAAAUUCCAGCAUCGCCAAUUCAACCAACAGGUUUACCAAUGCCACUUACUCCAGUAGGAAGUAACAUGACUGGCGGUCUUCAAAAAAUAGUUGGAACGCCAGCUGGAUUGGUAGGGUCAACACUACCUCUCACCUCAAUGAAUAAGAUGAUGCCUAGUGAUAUGUCAAGAUUGGCAACAGCAGUCCCUGCAGCUCAAAUGUUAUCAACAAACAUGCAAAUUCCUAAAUCUCCAGUUAUAACUAACAUGUUAACCAAUGCAUCAGGAAGUUUACCACAGAAUUCUAUGAUUCCAUCAACAAUUUCACAGAAUAAUCCAUCAAUCAAUUCGAAUAUUUUCAAUUUUGAAAAUUUAGAUAAAAUUUGA